ACAGAUGACAACCUCCACGGAGCUCCUGAUGGUGAAGAACUGGGGCAACUUUCGCAACGGCUCGCCCUGCAACAAGAACCCCAGCGAGGGGGGCGAGUCGCUGGCCAGCCUGGUGGAGUCGGCCCGCAGGGAGCUCAGAGAGGACGAUCGCACGAAGAAGGAGUGCCUGGAGCGCAUGCGCGAGUGGAUCAAACAGAACCCCGACAUCCAGAACUGUCCGACAGAUGAUUUGUUCCUGCUGCGCUUCCUGCGCGUGAAGAAGUACAGCCUGCACAUGGCCCAGCAGACGUUGCUUAAGUAUUUGAACUACAGGAAGAUAUUCCGGCAUUUUAUGUACAACAUGGAUUGCGAGGACACGAACGUCAGCAGGAUUAUCGAGGACGGCUACAUAUUCGUGAGUCCCUACAGGGAUUCCAAAGGACGAAGGGUCAUCCUGUACGAUUUAUCGAAAUUCGAUUUGGAGAAAUUCACCGGCACGGACCUGGCGCGCGUCCACAGCGUCACCUACGAGAGCCUCCUCGACGACGAGGCGAACCAGGUGCUGGGGUUCAGCCACGUGGCCAACGUGUCGGGGGCCAGUCUGAACCACGUGCCACUCUUCACGGUGUCCGAAUUCGCCCAAAUGGUGCGCUGGGGAGAGCAAUCGGUUCCGAUGAGGCACAAGAAGAUCACCAUCUUGAAUCUACCGUCGGUGGUGAAGUUCGUGUUCGAUUUCGCCAUUUCCAUAGCGAGCGACAAACUGAAGGCGAGAAUUUCGAUCCACUCGUCGACGGACAAUCUGUGCAAAGAGGUGGAGAAGAACUGCCUGCCGGCCGAGAUGGGUGGGAAAAUGCCGGCCAAGGAGAUGAUCAAAUGGUGGAAGAUGGAGAUGGAGGGCAAAAGGAAGCGGUUGCUGAGCUUCGACGAGGCCGAGUUGCUGAGCGACAGGGGCAUAAUCAGAAGGAGGAGGCCCCCUCCUGCGGGCGGGGACGGAGACGCCGGCUUGGCCGGUAGUUUUAGGAAAUUGGAAUUAGAUUGAUUGGAUUACUAGUUUUUUUUUUAUAUUAGUUUAGGUAUUUUCGUCGUUUAGAUCGUAUUUAGGGUUUUAUUUUUUUUAUAAUUAUUUUGUAAAUAAUUUAUUUCGUGAAAUACCACACCGUCAUCACUAUAAAUAUUUGUUCAUAAACUUAUGUAAUUAAUAGGUUGUAAGUUUUAGCAAUAAAGUUUUGCAAUUUG